UGGGCUAGGUGGCGCAAGCUACCACCAAAGGGUGGCUCCAAAGGGAAAGGCCACAGUAUGACAGUAUCCAUAUCAUUUCAAGCAAAUCGGCGCUCGUCAAGAAGGCCAAGAUGACGCUGACAGAAGUACCAAGCGAGUCGAGAUUGCAGUCCCCUCCAACAGACGCCAUUUCUUCGCUCCAGUUCGGUCCCAAUUCAAACCAGUUCCUUCUAGUAUCUGCUUGGGAUUCUACCGUACGCUUAUACGAUGUUGUCAGCAACACGAUGCGCCUGAAAUAUAACCACAAGGGGCCCGUCCUCGACUGCUGUUUCCAGGACGCCGUGCACGCGUGGAGCGCCGGAGUAGAUGGCCAGGUCAAGUCCUUUGAUUUCAAUUGCAGCGCAGAGACUAUCGUCGGCAAACACAAGGCUCCCGUUCGAUGCAUCGAGUACUGCCAGGAUAUCAAUGUAGUCAUCUCUGGCAGUUGGGACUCGAGCGUCAGUCUCUGGGAUCCGAGGACACCCAGCAGCGCUGGAAACUUUGCUCAGCCCGAAAGAGUGUACACGAUGGCGGUGUGUGGGGACAAAUUGGUUGUGGGAACAGCCCUGCGCAAGGUCCUUGUCUGGGACCUGCGCAACAUGGGCUACGUACAGCAGCGACGAGAAUCCAGUCUCAAGUACCAGACACGCUGCAUCCGUUGUUUCCCUAAUCAACAAGGAUACGUACUCAGCUCUAUUGAAGGUCGUGUAGCCGUGGAAUACCUGGACCCAAGCCCCGAAGUGCAGCGCAAGAAGUAUGCCUUCAAGUGCCACAGGGUGAAAGACAGCAGCGGUAUCGAAAACAUCUACCCUGUGAAUGCCAUCGCGUUCCACAAUCUCUACAACACCUUUGCCACGGGCGGCAGCGACGGAUUUGUCAACGUCUGGGACGGAUUCAACAAGAAACGUCUCUGCCAGUUCCACAAAUACCCAUCUAGCAUCGCCGCGCUCGCAUUCAGUCCCGAUGGAACGCUGCUGGCCAUUGGAUCUUCUUUCCUUCACGAGCAAGAAGGCGUUGAGAACAUUCCACCUGAUGCCAUCUUCUUGCGUCGGGUCACAGAUCAGGAGACCAAGCCGAAAUGAAUAAUAAAGCUCAUUUUGCCCAAUGA